AUCUAAUUAAUUAUUGAAGAUAUUAAAGAAAUUAGUUAAUUAAUUAAUUAAAACUAAAAUAUUAAACUCUUUAAAAAUUUAUCUUAAUUUCCAUAAAUAGUCAGCUAUUAAGAAUAAAUAUUGAUUUAAUAUAAGUAGGAAGGAAGAACAGAUUGAUUAAAGAGAUGAAUGAUGAUUAGAAAAAAAAUACUAUUGAUAAUGCAAUGAAGGCAUAUACAUAAGGCGAAAGCGGAUCAACCAAUGCUUAACCAUAAGACUAUCUAUAUUCUUAAUACUAAUAGUAUUAAUAUUAUGGCUAAUAUCCAAAUUAAGGUGGUGCUUACAAUUACUAAGCUAAUCCAGCAUACUAGCAACAGUACUAGCAAUAUAAUUAAUAUUAUUAAUAAUACUAUGGAUAAACUUAAGCUGCAUAGAAUUACUAUUAAUAUCCAUAUGGAGGAGCAGCCUAGGGAGCUGCUAAUUCCUACUAUUAAGCAUAAAAUUAUGCAAACCCUUAGAAUAUGCAACCCAAAUAAAAUAUAAUGCCGUAUGGUGCUACUCCUAUGUAGAAUACAGUAAAACCUGCUGCACCAGCUAAUCUCUAGAAUUUAUAGAAUUAAAAUAAACCAAUAGCUGAUACAUAAGCUUUUGAGUCAUAAAAGGAUGAGCUAUUAGAUGAAAUAAAGAAGACAGUCUUAAACAAUUAGAUGAAGAAUGGGAAAAGCAGAUGGAGUCAAGAAGUGAUAGUCCCAUAGGAUAUUUAUGAACACUUUGAAAAAAAAUCUGAUAAGAAGAAAUUUGAUUUUGAUUUAUUAAAUUUAUUAAAUGAAUAACAAAAGAAAUAAUUCAACUCAUACGUGAAGAAAUGCUUUGAUAAGUGCUAGAAUGCUAAGGAGUAACAGCUGAUGAGCAGUAUGCUCUUAACGAACUUGACUACUCUUAUUUUCAAAAAAAGCUUAGAUAAUACCAAAUGGGAAACUUUAUAUAUGCCUCUCUUGCCUCGUGAAAAAGAUAAACCAGCCUCUAGCAGUUCAUAAUUUGCAUUUUCAACUUCAACUUAAGCAUCAACUUCCUCUUCAGCCUCUAACAAUUUGAGUAUUCCAGGUUUACCUAUGCCUGGCUCAGGAUCCUUUACUGGAGGAGGACAAACUUAGUAACAAUACUAAUAAUAAUCCCAAUUCCUUAAUAAUGAUUCAUUUUAAUAAUAGUCAGAACUGAAAAACACAUCGACAACAUCUACCUUGCCAUUUUCUAUUAAUGCUCAGCCCACUUCUUCUAUUAACUAACUUUACAACAGCAACAAUAAUCACUUAAACUAACACAAUCAAUAUAACUAAUAACACAAUCAUUAUAAUAACAACAAUAAUAAUAACAACAACAACAACAAUAACCAUAAUAAUAAUGCUCAACAUGGAAAAAAUAAUAAGCAUAUGAACUUCAAUAACAAUAGCAACAAUGAUGAUAAUUUUAAUAAUAAAAAUAAUGGUAAACGCCACGCUAAUGUAGAUAUUAAAGAUAUCGUUAAAACUCCACAAUCUAAGAAAUAGCUUAAAAUAGAAAAGUAGCAGAAAUAAGCUAUUAUGACACCUCCAAUGCAAAUAUCUCUUUCAAAUGCAGAUACUGAUUAAGACUUUGAAUAGCUAGUAACAAAGUGGAAUAUAGUCGGAACUUGUACAGAUAUCGAAAAACCAUAUCUUCGUCUUACAAAAGAGCCUUCACCAGAUUAAGUACGUCCUGAGGAAGUACUAAAAAAGUCACUUAAGUUCUUAAUGACAAAAUGGAGAGAUCGUGAUUGUGAGUAUUCAUACAUACAAUCUUAAUUCCGUUCUAUUCGUUAGGAUUUAAUUAUUUAGCAUAUACGUAAUGAAUUUACGGCAAAAGUUUGUGAGUAUAAUGCUAGAAUAUGUCUUGAAGUUGAUGAUGUGGGCCAGUAUGUAUAAUGUUGUGCAACUCUUUUUGACCUUUAUAAUAGUGGAAUCUAGGGCGAAAAAGAAGAAUUUUACUGUUACAAGAUCAUAGAUUAAGGUUUAGACAAUAAAUCUCCAUUAGAGCUUCCUAAACUUAUAAAUGAAGUUUAAUCAUUUAUAGAUCAUCCUCUAAUUUAAUUUGCAAUAGAUCUACUAAGUGCUCAUGAUAAUGGGAAUGUUUAUCAAUUUUUUAAGCUUUAUGAGAAAGCACCCAAUAUGUGCUAAUGCAUUAUUGAAAGAAAUAUGUCUAAGUAUAAAUUGUGGUCUUUAGUUAUAUUAUCUAAAACAUAUUCAGGUAAAAUUUCUUUAGAUGAUUUAGUUAAUAUGGUUAAAUUUGAUGAUGCUGAGCAUGCAAAAGAAUUUAUAUAAAGCACAGGCGGAGUAUUAGAUGAAAGUGGUAGAGAGUUAUUACUAAAAGACAGUCAUAAAGGAUUUGUAGAUACUUUUUAAUAAAUGUGAGUAGAUUAUCAUUAAUUAUAUAAAUACCUUCAAAAAAGAAUUAAUUUUAAUUAACUUAAUAAUAUUUUAUUGCUAUUUUCAAAUUUAUAUUCUUGUUUAUAUAAUUUAUAAUUAAAAAUAAUUACAAGUCUU